AUGAGUCCCUCUGCUGACGAUGAGCCAAAGCAGCUGUUACUUCUCGGUUUUUCGCUUCUGUGUCCAUUAUUUUUUUUUCAGACGCGCCUUUUUUUUCUGGUAUUGUCUCCUUGAAAUUUAUUUUUCACUUCCUGGAACUUUUUUCAGUGCAACUAAAAAUUAGAUUUUUUUUCUAUUGGGGCUCAAUAAUUGAAAUUUAGUUCGACUUGAACCAAUGGUUGGAAUAAAAACCAAAGGCGAAUUUGAAGUACUGAGAUAAAAUUAGAUAUUCUUUGGAACGGUUUUAAAAAAACUUUCGAAAUUAUUCAAAAAAAUUCCUUUAGGUUCUUUCAAAGCCAUUUUUUUCCAGUUUUUCAUUGAAAUUUUCUGGGUAUGUAUCCAUACAAAUGACACUUCUAAGACCUCUUUUUUUCUGUUUUUUUCAGGCAGCUUAUGAACAACUGUCAUUGGUUUGCCUUGGAGAGUAUUCAUAUGUGAUGAGCUGGAAAAUGAAAGACGAAGGUGAGUAGGGCGAUUGAGAACGCCUUGAUCUGCAUGCGUUACACUGUCUGAGGACGCUUGUCAUUCUUUCCGAACAGAAGAAAGCGUUUCACUGAGCCAUGCGUGACCCAGGACUGAUUCCAGUCAAAGACGGCGAUUCGACUUUCGGAAGAGAUUUGGAAUCUGUCGCCUUUGCCGUUCUGCUUUUUUUGCUGGGAGGCGUCGUCUUGUUCAUUUCAUGCUUUAUCGUCACCAAGUGCUUGCAGUGCUAUAAAGCUCGACAAAGGAGGUUGGUCUUUUAGAAAAAUUUUUUCUUUUUCUAGCAAUUUCGCGAUCUAAAAAAAUGAAAAGUUAUUUUGAUGUUCUUCGAUCGAGAAUCUGUUGACCUUAUUUUUUUUGUCAUCCUUUGAGAGUGUGCUUUUUUUAAUGUCAGUCAUGUUCUUAAACUUUUAUCAGUUUGAAAGUUUAUUUCAAAUUUAAAACGUUCCAAGAAAGUUUUUCAAAUUUUUUGAAACUCGGGGGUUAACUUUUAUGAAAUGAUAGGUCCUCGUCCCAUUGUUCGAUGAAACAAAAAUUUUCUCGUCAGAAAUUUCCAGCAAGGUAACCUUUACGGUCUGCGAAAACUUGAAAAAUAUCUGUUUUGCGACAAUAAAUUUAUAAUCGAGGAAGUGGGAAAUUGUAGCCUCUCGCAUAUGUUCCGAAGAAAGUGUAAUACGACUCUUAAACUCCCGUAAAACGGCUGGGAUGUGUCCAGUAAAGUAGGUGCUUGAAAUUGUUUGAAAUCGAAUACAGAUUUUGGAAAUAUUUCAAAACCUUGAAAAAAUGUUGAAUUUCUCAAGGAGAUCCUCCCAAACUUAAAAAAUUUCAAUCAACUUCACUUUUUUCAAGCUUUGAACUCAUACAUGUUGCUUGUCUUCAAAUAUUCGAUUGAGUUCAAUUCUUCCUGUUGAAAUCACUAAAAAAAUUUUUCGCUUAGUUAAAAAAAUUCCUGAAUUUCUAAAAAGUUCCAAAAAAGUUUUCAUUCCAGGCUACGAAGACUGGCCAUGGGAGAAGACGACGAAAUUGACAGCCUCGAUUUCGAAGAAGAGACUCCUUGUCACGAUUCAGGAAACCCACCAUUAGUUCAUCUGUAA